AUGUCAUCUUUGGAUUUUCUACAUAAUAAUUACACAGACUUUCAUAAAUUGGCACUCAAGACCGGUGCUGAUGUCUACUUACUUGAAGAUUCAGACAUGAAUGUCCAAAGUCACAAUGAAAAUGCCCCAAUCCUCGGAGAUGACAGUGAUAAUUUUUCUCCUGAUCCAUAUUCACCAACUGUAAAUGAUGUGCACAGUGAUGCAGACUACAGCAGAGUUGCACAGAUAUCGUUACAGGCCAUUGAAUCUGAAAUCUAUCCUGAAAGGAUUUAUCAAGGAUAG